GUUGAGCAGAAGAGCAUCAUUCCCAACCUCUCGUGCCAUGGUACUCAUUCAUCUUGGCUGAGGCCCGGCGACAUUCACGCUUCCUAUUGGUUGCCUCCAACAACACCUGUACUCUGAUUGGCUCGUGUUAUUUACAAGUCUACAACUGAGAGAGAGCGAGAGAGAAUGUGUGUAUGAGUCCUGUUUCAGUGCUUCUGUGGAGGAGUGCACAGAAAGAGAGAUACGAUAAGGUAGGAGUGGGGGACUACGUGAGACAGAGAGAGAGAGAAAGAGAGAGAGGACUUUUCAGUAAUAGAGGGGGGGUAAAACAGCUAGCGCCAUUAUUGUAAGGGGUUACAUUUAGUUGGUGGAGGUAUAGUAGCUGGGUAUAGAGGGCUAUAGCCUCUACAUACAGGGCCCAUAAAGGAUUCGAAGAAGUAAAGAGAAGAACGCUAUUUAAUGACAUUUUGAUGUGUUACGGAAUCGAAAUAAUUUUGAUAUGAUGGUGCAUCACAUUCUCACUGAAGAAGGGUUAAACCCCAGGAAUUAUACAAUAACUGUCAGUGCUCAGAGUUGUGUUUAUAUCUUAUCAAGUGUGGUUACAUCCAGUGGACACAAUCAGCUGAUUGCUACAGACAUGUUGACAGAGGGACAGCAGGAGAAAGAGCAAUGAGUUCAAAAUUCUUGCUUGAUAGUAUGCUCCCCAAAUAUCACCAUCAACUUUAUCAGCAUCACCAGCAACAGUUACUUGCAAGUAGCAAUCCUUCAGCAGCAUCGAGUUUGUUUUCAACAUCUCCGGCUCCAUCGUGUGCCCCUAUCAUUAGUGAAAAUAACAGUACCAAUAAUCUCAGCAACAGUGGCUCUGCCGUUAAUUACAGCAGCUCUGUCAGCAUUCAGCAUUCGCCCUCUUCAGCAUCCUCAUCACCUCAGCACACCUCAUCAUCGACGUCCCCUGGAAUAGUUUCUGCUGCAGCAGUUAGCAGCAGGAUGUAUCCUUACGUGUCAGCAGCUGCCGCGCAUCACCACCAUCAGCAGCAGCAAGCAGUAGCGGCUGCUGCAUUUGCAGGAGCUGCCGCCGCUUCCGGUUCCAUGGUACCGGGAGCGUUCACAUCGUCUGCCGCCAGCUCUGCAGCAUUGGCAGCGGCGGCGGCUGUGGAUGCCGUGACAGACAAAUCUUGUAGAUACACUGCAGGUCUGACAGGAAAUGUACCAACACCUGACUCAAUGGUUAAUUAUACUUUGGGCCAUCAUCAUCAGAAUGGAGCCGCGGCGUCGGCUGUUUCUGCUGCCAGCACAGUGUCCGCAGCGUCUGCAUCUAUGGCCGCUGCAGCGCAGUUCUAUCAUCAGGCAGCUGCUGCUUCAGCCGCCGCUGACCCGCUGUCGUCAUGUUCCCAGCCCGGUGCAGCGUCUGCCGGCCAACCCAUCCCGGACAUUCCCCGGUACCCGUGGAUGUCAAUUACAGAUUGGAUGAGCCCUUUUGACAGAGUCGUUUGUGGUCCGAAUGGCUGUCCCAGGCGCCGUGGUCGGCAGACCUACACACGUUUCCAAACAUUAGAACUGGAGAAGGAAUUUCACUUUAACCACUAUUUGACCAGAAGGCGAAGAAUUGAGAUAGCUCAUGCUCUUUGCCUGACAGAACGACAGAUUAAAAUCUGGUUCCAAAAUCGAAGAAUGAAGUUGAAGAAAGAACUUCGAGCCGUGAAGGAAAUCAAUGAGCAAGCCAGAAGAGAGAGGGAAGAACAAGACAGACUAAAACAGCAGCAACAAGAAAAGCAACAGAAACAUGAGCAGCAGCAACAACAGCAGCAACAGCAGCAGCAUCACAGUAUCAGCCAUCACCACCAUGAGCAGCACAAACUUGGAUUGGAUAAGACCACCGGAGCAGAUCUUCUGAAGGCAGUGGCGAAAGUGCCAACAUAAAGAAAUGCCAGACAAGCACAGUACUUCCUUCCGCAUAUAUAAACUGUUGUAGGUCACAUGUGUUACUGCGUUGACUGUUCCUUUUAAUUGUGAUCCAAAUGUUCUAGAAAAUCAGUAUCACAGCUCCAUGGGUUCUAUUCCAGGUUUUAAGUUUCGGGAUUUAUAUGUGAUGUGAAUUGACGAAAUUAUUUUGGGUUUUUCAAGAAUUCUAUUUCAAUCCGAUGCCGAAAGUUAGAGAACGUUGUUGUGGAUUCACUUAUGUUACUAUACAUUAAUUCCUACGAUGAAUGCAGUGUGACAGAGAGUUAAGUUUCAAUGGUAUUAAAAGUUAGCACUUCGUAGCGGUUUCAAGAAAUUCAAACCAUGCAUGAUAACUUUAGGUAGAGUGGUGAGCAUGUGAAGCAGCGUCAUGGCAUGCUAUAAUGUAUGACAUGGAAUGUUAAUCGAAGUGAUUUCAUUGAACAGUUUAGAAACACGUCAAUUUGAACGAAAGGUUUCCCACGGCAAGAAGUAUGUUGACUGUUUUGUAAUGGGACUUUUUAUGUUAAGCCAGGUGUGGAAAAUGUGAUGGGUGUUAAUUUACUGUGAUACUUGCUAAGUGAAGCCUGGAUCGAGGAUUUUGCAGCUCAAACACCUUUCCCUGUGUUGAUUAAAUCGUGUUAAAAUGAGAUGGAAUUUGAAAUUACUCCUGCCAGGACUGUGGAUCGAUCAAGGAAUACAUAAUAUUAUGAACGAAGAACUCGUUGACACAGAAUAGUCCCGCAGCUGCAACUGAAUGUGCUGUAGAGGGUAUACUUGACAUGCCAUAAGUUAUAAUUUGAGAGAGAUGAAAUACACUGUUCCACGAAAUACUUUAUAUUUAUCGCGUUUUCAAAGCUACUUUUUACCAGAAUACCGAAGUGUGGGAUGCAUUUCCUUGUAAUUUUCGCAGAUCAAGACAACUGAGUCCACACAAAGCUGUUUCGGAAUUAUGGUAAAAUUUUCGAUAUUAUAUAAUUUGACUUGCUCAUUACGUUUAAUUAAUUUACAACGUUGAUUUUAAUUAACAAGUGUUGGUAUUUCAGAAUAAUUAAAUUUAUAAGCAGUGUUAUGUCAUACCUUUUUAAUAUUGCAUUUUGUACAUACAUUAAUUGUUCUAAUUGUGUUCAUGUUGGAAGUUCUUUAAGUACAUUUGUUUUAACUGUUGAUCUAGAAUCCUCUAAAUGCUGACUAUUAUAAUAACUGAUUCGUUAGUCCUCUGCAGAAUAGUGAAUGUCAUUGAGUUCAGUUCUUAAGGAGAUGUAUACAUGUAGAUUUUCCAACAGUUUUGUAUGCUUCUUGCAUCGGUUGUUUAUGGAUUUUAGGACUACCGUUUUCCAUUGCGUUUAUACUUAUAAGAGGAAAUUAUUUCCAGUUUCUUUUCUGUUUUGUUAAGUUUUUAUUCGUGUAAAGUAUUGCAUUAUAAUCAUGUUUACAUUUUAAUUAUUAAUUAUUAACACAUGAUGUACAGUCAUUACAGUCUUAGCGGAUUUUUAUAAUUUAAAGUUGGUAUACGCGUUUCAGCAAAGUUCUGAAAUUAAAUUUCCACAUGGCGAUUAAAAUUACUCAUUUCUUAGGUAAGAGGUCGUAUUAGCCCUUUUCAUUCAAACUACUAUAGCAAUGUAUUACAGAAAAGCAAACCAUUUCACUGACUGAAGUCCAUUUAAGCAAAGUAAUCACCAAAAGUCACAGCCAUACUAAAGAUUCUUUACAUUAUGGCGAGACUCGUAAGCAUGUGCAAUAUGGUAUUCUCUCAUACAUGAAGCACCAUAUCCCCUUUCUCUGCGGGAAGUUGGCUUUGUUGUUCGGGACCCUGUAAGAGUGUAGACGCCAGUUUUAGAACUGCAGAGAUCUUAUCACUUCAGUCCAUUUUAUCUGAGUACACUACAAAUCUAAGAAUUUUUUUUUUUUCAGAUUCAAUAGCUCCGUGAUCUCCACUAUUUAUUUUACAUCAGACGAAAAUGAAAGAGCGCUAUACGAUUACAGUUUAUAUAUUAUAGCCUAAAUUGUUGUGUUUUAAAUAGUAAAUACAGUUGACUUUAAAAUUUUUAUUUAAAAAUUUUGCCGGGGAUGGUGCAAACAGAUGUAAUAACUGACAUUCUUAAUAAACGUCAAAGACAAACCGAUUUAUAGACAGUCUCAAGCAUGUGAAUAAAGUAAUAGACUCGAGUACAGAUUUACUAGAGUACAUUAUACGUAAUUUGGUGUCAGGGUAGGUCGUUUCACCGUAUAGACGUGUUUAAAAAUAAAACAAAUACAAAAAUUAGAUGCAAGGAUUUCAAAACAUAACAAGUUAAAUGCAAUUUUUGCCUCAACAGUUUUAUAUCUGUUGUGUUGAGUAAUGUAUCAUAGCUUGUACGGUGUUGUGAAACUGUUCUAUGUGUCUAGGUAGCUGAAACCCGUGUAACUGGUGUGUGUAUGGAAGCAAUGUACAGUUCAUUAGCUAGGCAUUUCCUUCAUCCUUAAGAUAAUUGUAAUAACCUUCAUCCUCCAGCAUUUAAGGUGGUGGAUCGAAUUUUCAACAAUCUGUUGGAUCCUAUAUUAGGAUCCAGAAUCAUAAAUAAUAUUAUCUCAUAUUGUUACAGUAUUGUUUAAGUCUUGUUGUGUAGCAAGUAUUUGAACAAACCCACAUUACGCCCUUACUGAAAUGUCGAUUUGAAUACUGGGGCUAACAGACCGUCUGAAUGAAUUGUUUUGGGUCGUUUGAACAUUUUUAGGAGAAGGUUGUGUUUUAGUUGUUUAAAAAAUGACACUUUAAUAUUAUUUAAUUUUACCUAAUAAUUACAGCAUUUCUUGUCAGCUAAAUAUGUGCGCCCUCAUAUAUACAUACUGUAAAUGUGUAAAAUAGAUUCCAAUUUGCAAAUAACCUAUGGAUCUUUGGAUGAAAAAUGCAAAAUUUAAAAAUAUGAUACCGCGUUUGAAUGAAGACAAUGCAGCGGUUACUAAGCCAGCAUUGUCACCAUAACCACGACAGAUGACACAGCUAAGGGAUGAGAUAUUCUGAGAAUGGGUAUUCAUAGUGACUUAACAGAAUACGAGUUGCUGUCUGUCUGUGGCAGACAUAUGGGUAAAAUUUUUCGCAUGUUACAAACGUUUUAAUUGUGCCUGUUAAGAAUCAAAACCCCCAGUCUGUGGGCACAUGAAAACCUUUGACUUCGUAACAUAAAACCAGAACAUUAACUGUUGAUGUAGUACGUAAAGGUGUAUAGAAUAUUUGUUAGUACUAAAAUAUUGGACCUCUAAGACUUUCUGUUAGUGUGUAUUUCUCGGUUAUUACAAAAUAAAAGCCGUACUUGAUUGUGGUAGGCUGAAAGCAUAAAAUGCAUGAUGAAAACUGAAUUGUUAUCCCUUCAUUUAAGUGACUCUUUAAUUUACAUAGUCAGGAGGUAAGUUCAAAAACUGAAACGGUAAGGGUAAGGGACAGUUUCUGUCUGUGCUGAAACCUUUCAAUUGGACGACAUUUCUCUUUACACUUCUUCCGAAAUAACAGUCACUUAAUGCCUUCCAAGUCAUGAAUCAUAUUACUGUAUAGUGCAAUAAAUGGGGACCGACAGGUCACAACCAAGUCCUCUUAAAUUGCAGCUUCGGUUAAAUUGUAGGACUAUUUCUUCUGACUUUUUUUCGGUUUAAUUAGUAAUACAGAUUCGGCUAGAAUUGCUCUUCGUUUCGGAGUUUAUUAUCAAUCAUUUCGUAAAAUUUGUUAGAACUUGGAGUUACUGAUAUCACAGCUUACAUAGUUCUGGCCUAUGUAACAAGGAAGUUAAUGCACAAAGGGUUCUGGCCUAGUAGUUUGUGUUUUUUUGGGUUGCUCUAAAUUAUUACGAGACAGUAUUGUAACCUUACUAAAAAUGAAGUGAAUGUCCAGAAUUUUGAAGCACACUUUUCCUAAUCGUCAGUGGAGACAAGCCGCCGGCUUCCCACCUCGGCGGCGCAGGUUCGAUCUCAGGCCAGAUCAAGUCAUGUGGUAUUUGUGGUGGACAAAGUGACACUGGGGCAGGUUUUCUUCUAAUUGAAAUUCUCAUGACACCAACUGCUUCAUACUCGUCUGUCGUCGGGGGCUCUUACAAUAGGCCAAUUGGCAGCCGACACGAACCAACUGGAGUGUCUCGCCCCACUUCAUGAAAUACAAAAAAAUUAGAGGCUAGUGAAGGAACCCAGGAAUUCCUCAGCAUGAAGUAAUUGUGCAGAAGUUGCGGACUGGCAGCCACAAUAUCCGGCUGUAUAAGUUAGGCCAAUGUGGGGCAUUAAGUCUCAAACUUGUCUGUGAAGGCAUAUCUCAACGUGUGUGGUGAAACUGCGUGGUCGGCUUUACACUCUAGCUAACAAGGCCUGCCAAAUAUAUUCGUGUAUGGAGCAGGCUCUGCAUUUUCUGAAAGCAAUAGAGAGCAACAAGCUGUUUCACGCGCACGAAAAUAAUUACACGUAUGGCAGUGUUCUGGACAGCAUUUCAAUUCUUUUAGCAAAUUCAUUUAUUUGCUUGUUUUACACUUAGAUUACUUAUUUCAAACAGAAUCACUUCAGUGACGCGAAACAUCUGUUCGUUAGUUGUUGCUAUUUUACGCAUUUACAUGACGUGUUCACACAAAAUUUCACGCCCCGCGAGACUUGUUAUGGUCAUCCCAUUUAAAAUAAAUCCGAAUCCUUACUGUACAUCUCGUACUCUGCUUCUGUUUCAUGUUGUUGAUUCGAAAUGAAAAGCCACGUACUUAACAGGAUAUUGGAGUACAAGAACCAUUCUACCGAGCUGUUAUAUCCAAUGCAUUGAAAUCGUUUGCAGCCCCACACGUCACUUUCUGUGAUGCAGACUCAAAGAGCGCAUGUUUUUCUUCAAAGUGGGAAGACACGAACUUGAUACAUUUUACGAACGCGGAUUUUAUUACAGUGUUAAUACGUGUAUUAUACACUUGACACUGGUCGCAUCUUAUGCCUGAUUUCUUUCGCGCUCCUCAUAGGCAAACCUUCACCCAGUGUAUUCAUGUAUUUAUAAGUACUUCUGGAAGAAAGGCUGCAUAAUGAGGAGCUUCAUAACUUGUACUCUUCCCCAAAUAUAAUUAGAAUGAUCAAGUCAAGGAGGAUGAG